AUGCUUCGUUUAUGUUUUGAACAAUAUGGCAACACUCUUAUAGUUCUGUUCUGUUAUCAGGCACAAAAACGCAAACCUUUAUGAAUUUAAAUGAAAAUUAAUUUGUAAUCUUCGCAUGUAGAAGUGGCAUUGAAAUUGUUACUAUUGAUCGAUUGAGCAUCGGCAGCACAGUCGCUUUUCUCUUUCCCAGCAAAUCUAAUACUCGUAAUCGAACAACGCAUAAUGCAGUUAAUUAAUUACAUAUACUUCCUGUGUUUCGCAUAUCUUCUUUACAAUCCGAGUAUUUGCCCUGUACGCGCGAUAACAAUUAGCGAUGCUAAGGUAUAUCCUUUUACGAAAGUUGGCAGCAAAUAUUAUCUCAGAAAUACUGGCGAAACUAUGAAUUGGUUUGCUGCUGCACAUUUUUGCCGUACCUACGACAGUGACUUGAUUACCAUCGAAUCGGCGAACGAAAUGGAAGCUUUAACGGCACAUUUGAACGAAAUCGGCGACAAGAAAAAACGUUAUUGGACGGCCGUUAACGAUUUGUCGGUGGAGGGUAAAUUCGUGUCGUUGACCAAUGGCGGUCCAAUAAUCUAUAAAAAGUGGCUAAAGGGCGAACCGAAUAACGACCUCGAAAAUGAAGAUUGUGUAGAAAUCGGUAGGCAAGACUCCGUAUUUUAUAUGAACGAUUUUGCGUGUAUGGGAAAGUUUUAUGUAAUUUGUGAGAUGCGACAUCCACCGAAAGAUGAGGUGGAAUGUGAUACUAUACCAACAAAGUGUAUUUUAGCGAAACUAAUAGAAGCCUAUCGGCAGUCUACGGAUAUUUUCCACUGCAAAGAAUAAUAUCUUUUCUUCAUUUAAUAAAAGAUAACACUUAGCAAAUUAUUAUGUUUGUUUAACUAGAGUUUUAUAAACACAUCUUUUCAUAUUGAUUAACCAUUUCCACUAGUACUUGCAAAGCAAAUAAAGUUCAACUUUAAGAACCGUAUGGCUAAA